AUGUUGAACGAAUCAAUCUCCAUCGAUCCAUUAGCAUUUCAAGUUCUUUCAUAUGAUAAUCCUAAAAUUCAAUACAUUUUCCUGGCUGCUAGUAUGGAUCAGAAAAGAUGUUGGAUGAAAGAAUUGAAGCGAAUGAUGUUAGAUCAUUACGGUGUUAAAAUACCAGAAAAAACCAAAAUGUUAAUGUUAAGUUUGAGUGAUGAAUGUGCUAAAUCAAUCCAUCCACCAAAUCAACAAGGUCAGAUAUUAUAUCCUAAAAGUAACAAAAGAAUACCAAAAUAUCUCGAAAAACGGCGUAAAAGUAUUGAUAUUAAUCAAACCUUUCGAAGAUCACACCUUCGAAAACGAAGUGCUUCUGGCAACAGAAAUGUUCCAAAAUCGGUUCAUUAA